AGUUGCAUCAAAGAUGCCAUUAUAUAAAUGUCUCAAAACAUUUCUAAGUUUCAUUGUUACGUUCAAUAGGAUCAAGCAUUUAACUUAAGUUGAAAACGUUACUUUUUCGAGUAGAACUCAAUUUAAUAGUGAACUAAAAGUAUGGAGAGCAGUAAACGGUUUAAUCCAUACGUAAAAGUCCCUCCAGACGAGGAAAUUGUGAUCUCUGGUAUCGCCGGGCGAUUUCCCAAUUCUGAUAAUAUAAAACUGUUGCAAGAAAAUCUUUUGAAUAAGACCGAUCUUGGUUCGGAGGAUGAUCGACGAUGGAGCAGUGUUGACUACGACAUACCGGCUCGAUCAGGAAAGAUUAAUAAUGUAGAAAAGUUCGACGCGCAAUAUUUCAAUAUGACGUUUUCCAAAGCACAUACUACAGAUCCUAUGUGCAGAAUGUUGCUUGAACACACUUAUGAAGCGAUUAUCGAUGCAGGUGUAAAUCCUAAAGAAUUACGAGGAACAAGAACCGGUGUCUUCAUAGGAUCCUGUUAUUCUGAGAGUACCAACAUGAUUCUCUAUCACAGAAUUCAGGUAUUCUCAGUUAUAGGAUGUAGUAAAUAUUGGUUAGCGAACAGCAUUUCUAACUGGCUCGGUCUUAAUGGACCAUCUUAUGCCGUGGACACGGCUUGCAGUUCAAGCAGCUACGCUAUAAUGGAAGCUUACAGGAUGAUACGAAGUGGAGAAUGCGACGCGGCCAUCGUAGGAGGAGCCAAUCUGUGUCUGCAUCCCAAUAUAACGCUUCAGUUUUAUAAUCUCGGAGUUCUCUCCGCUGAUGGUUACUGUAAGCCCUUCGACAUUAGUGGUUCUGGUUACAUGCGCAGUGAAACUAUCGCGAUAAUUUACCUGCAAAAAGCAAAGGAUGCGAGACGAAUCUAUGCGACUUUUGUCUAUGCUAAAACCAAUUCCGACGGUUUCAAGGAAGAAGGCAUUACGUAUCCUUCAAUGAGCAUGCAGAAAAAAUUAUUAGAAGAGUUUUACGAUGAUUGUGGUGUUACAUCUAAAGAGCUAUCCUACAUGGAGGCUCAUGCAACGGGUACUACAGUAGGAGAUCCUGUAGAAGUUGACGCUAUCGAUCAGGCUUUAUGCUCAAAAAGAACUACUCCUUUGUUGGUGGGUUCGGUGAAAUCGAAUCUUGGUCAUUCGGAACCUGGCAGUGGUCUUUGCCAAGUGGCAAAAGUAGUGAUAGCAAUGGAAACUGGUAUAAUUCCACCAACCAUACAUUAUGAAAUACCACGAAAGGAAUUAACUGCUAUAAUUGAAGGCAGAAUAAAGAUCGUUACUGAACCUACUACAUGUGAGGGUGGUUACAUGUGUAUUCAUUCUUCUGGAUUUGGUGGUGCAAAUUGUCACAUAUUGUUGAAAUCGAAUCCCAAAAAUAAAAUCAACAAUGCAUUAUCAGACGAUUUACCUAGACUUGUAGUUGUAUCUGGUCGUACUGAGGAAGCUGUUAAAACUCUCUUAGAUGAUGUUAAUAGUCGAGAACUAGAUGUGGAAUACGUUGCUCUUCUGCACCGUGUUCAUGCUGAAAAUAUAGAGGGGCACCCGUACAGGGGAUACACUAUAACAGGAUUGAAAACAGCUCGUAACACAAUAAAGAACGUUGGAAACAGUUUAUAUGUAAGAAAACCAAUCUGCUUCGUAUUUCCCGGGACAGACGUUUUGUGGUGUAACAUAGAAUUGAUGAAAUUGCCAGUGUUUGCUAAGGCAAUUGAAAAAUGCAAUGCAACAUUAAAACAGCAUGAUAUAUGCGUCACAGAUAUUCUAACGGACAAAAACAAAUUCGCUUGCAACAGCAUUUUAAAAUCAUUUGUAGCAACUACUGCUGUACAGAUUGGUCUAGUGGAUCUUUUAAUUCAUAUUGGUAUCUCACCCGAUUACAUGAUUGGCCUCUCUAUUGGUGACUUAAUUUGCGAAUAUGUUGAUGGAAUUUUCACUACUGAAGAAACGAUUUUGAUGGCUUAUUACAUGGGCAUUGUAUUUGAACAGUUCAAAAUACAGAUUGACAAUAUUACUACGAAUUGCUGCAAAUACUUUGAGUCUAUCAGAGCGCAACUCUUGCAGUAUUUGAGCCACCUAUUACCGCUGCAAUCUCCAAAAAGUCGCGGUGUAAUAUGGUUGGGCAGAUCUCGUAUUGAAUUCGGCAAUACGUGCGCAGCUAUGGCAGAAUAUUAUGUAGACAAUUUAUUGUAUCCGGCAACAUUAGAAAAUAUUAUACCUUUGAUAUCGAACGAUACAGUACUUGUCGAGAUGAUGCCGGAAAACAUUUUACAAACAGUCAUAACGAAGUCAUUGAAAUCAAAGAUGACGUUGGUUUCAUUGUGUAAACAUGGCCAUGCGAGUACUAUACAAGACGUUUUAGAAGGAAUUGGAGAUUUUUAUAAUAUAGGCUUCCAGCCACAAAUUUCAAAUUUGUAUCCUCCAAUACAAUUUCCGGUUAGUCGUGGGACACCAAUGAUUUCUCCUCUUGUCAGAUGGAACCACUCCGAGGACUAUUUUCUCUUCCGUUAUAAAGGUCAAGAAAAAAUUUUCAGUAGAGAAGUAACCGUCAAUAUUACAACCGUUGAUGCAGAUUACGAGUACAUGUCCGGUCAUGUGAUUGAUGGGAAAAAUCUGUUACCAGCUACUGGUUAUCUUUUUCUAAUUUGGCAUAUGAUUAGUCUGUUGAGCGGCAUUGACUAUCGCAAAAUACCAAUUGUAUUUGGAAAUGUUAAAUUCGUUCGUGCCACUUCUUUAUCAAAGAAAGAUGAAUUGAAAUUAAUUCUAUUAAUUAAUUCAAUCCAAAAAGACAGUAAUAACUUUGAGAUUAUGGAGGGAAACGAUAUUAUCGUAAGUGGAGUCGUGAGGAUUCCUGACGACAUCAUGAGUGAAAAGCUACCAGUCCAAUAUUUAUCCAAGCACGACGAUAACGAGAAAUGCAAUGAAUACAUAAAUACCGCGGAUAUUUAUAAGGAGUUACGUCUUCGUGGCUAUCAAUAUACCGGUUUAUUUCGUUCGUUGAAGAGUGCCUCGUUCACAAGAAAGAUAGGACGUAUUAAAUGGCUGUCAAACUGGGUAGCAUUCAUGGAUAAUAUGUUGCAAAUAAAAAUUCUGUCGAACGACUCAAGAAGUACUUAUGUACCGACCCAAAUUGAUAAACUGGUAAUUGAUCCUACGUAUCAUUUAAUGCAGGUUCAGAAUGUCCCUAUUGGAGAAAGGGAUUUUCCCGUAUACGUCUACGAUUAUAUAGAUGCUAUAGUAUCCGGAGGAGUAGAAAUUUCUGGGCUCAAAGCUACCGCUAUAUCUCGUCGGGUGACACGCGCCGAAGCCAUACACGAGGAAUACAGAUUCAUUGCUUAUCGCGAUCAUGCCUUGAUAUCCUUGAAAGAAGCGAUAAAAUUAUCGGUGCACAUUGCACUUGAGUGCUAUGAAUUGAAAAAUGUCAAAGUAAUCGAGUACGUCGAGGAUAACGACGAACUCCUGUUGAAGGAUUUGGUCACUCCAGUUGUUCAAGAAGUUAUAAAUAACUUGCCGUUAAUACGAUCUAAUCUCACGUUGGUUGCAAAAGUCAACAGAUUCGACAGUUCCUCUUUGCCUCCAAAUCUAUCGAUCAGUUCUAUCGUGCAGUUCAACAAAUUAGCGAAAGACAACGUUUGCUUAUUGGCCAUUGGUGUUGGAAUUUUGACGAAAAAUAUACAUUUUAUGAACAGAUUAUUGUCCAGUGUAAUGACUGGAGGCUUUUUGUUGAGUCGAGAGGAUCUGAGUGCAACUUACGAUUACUCGUUACUGCAACGCAACAAUCUGAAUAUCAUCCUGGAAAAACGCACGGAACAAGAAGUUCUAGUGCUUUUAAAAAAGGCGGUAACCACCGUGAAGAUUCGAGAAAUCGUAUAUAUAAGCAAUCACGAAUUUUCGUGGAUUAAUAAGCUGAAAGAUGCCAUGAACAAAGAAAAUGAAUCAAAUACAAACACAAAAAUAACAGUUGUUGCAGAGGGUGAUUCGGAGUGUGGUGUGUUAGGACUUGUCAAUUGUUUACGAAAAGAGCCGGAUGGGGAAAUGAUUCAAUGCAUAUUUAUUCAAGACAAGGAUGCGCCCAAGUUUUCCUUGCAAGAGCCAUUCUAUAUGGAGCAAUUGCAAUUGAACUUGCCAAUUAACGUCUUACGUCCCGGCAAAGUUUGGGGUUCUUACAGGCAUUUUUCAUUACAUGCACCAGAGCCGAGACUUGUGCAGUACGGCUACGUCCUUCAGGAGACACGAGGUGAUCUCAGCGCGCUCCGUUGGGUUGAAGGACGAAUAUCUACUAAUAUCAAGCAUAUAAAAGUAUUUUACGUGGCGCUUAAUUUUAAAGAUAUUAUGAUAGCUACUGGUAAACUUUCUAUGGAAGCCUUUAAAUCAGUUAGUGGGCGAGACGUUGAUUCCAUAUUAGGUUACGACUUUGUUGGUUUUGACAAAAGUGGACAGCGAAUAAUGGGGAUCCAUCCUGGCAGAGCAAUGUCAAAUAUUAUAGUACCUGACUAUCGUACACUGACAUGGGAUAUACCUGACGAAUGGACAUUUGAGGACGCUGCGACAGUUCCGUGCGUUUAUAUCACAUGUUACUAUGCUCUGUACGUAAAAGGAAAAAUUAAGAAAGGGGAUAAAGUUCUCAUUCAUUCGGGCAGCGGUGGUGUUGGUCAAGCCGCGAUUAAUCUCGCACUGAACGAAGAAUGCGAAAUUUUUACGACAGUCGGAACACUUGAGAAACGACAAUUCAUUAGAGAAACUUUUCCCUGCAUACCCGAUAAUCAUAUCGGCAAUUCUCGCGAUACAAGUUUCGAACAAAUGAUCGUUCAGCAAACGCACGGACGGGGUGUAGAUAUUGUGCUAAAUUCUCUAGCUGAGGAAAAACUUCAAGCGUCUGUUCGCUGUUUGGCAAGAGGUGGUCGAUUCCUAGAAAUAGGAAAAUAUGAUUUAAUUUCCAAUAAUAUCUUAGAUAAAAUAGCUUUCGCGAGAGGCAUUAGUUUCCACGGCGUCAUGUUGGACAAUAUAAUCUGCCACUCCGAAGAAACAAGGAAACACCUACAUGAUUUAAUUUCGCAAGGUUUAAAAAAGCAUGUAAUAAAAAUGCUUCCGAGGAAAGUCUUCGAAAAGACUGAAAUAGAAGCUGCUUUCAGGUACAUGGCAGCUGGUAAGCACAUAGGAAAGAUACUAAUCAAGAUACGCGACGAAAACGAGCCAUUGGAUCUUCCUAUUCUGGCUCACCCCCGAUUUUUCUGCGAGCCUCAUAAAUCUUACAUUAUUUUGGGCGGCCUCGGUGGCUUUGGUUUGGAAUUGGCCGAUUGGCUAAUUCUGCGCGAAGCCCGCAAGCUUGUGCUGACUUCACGGACUGGGAUACGAAAUGGUUAUCAACGUUCAAGAGUAGAGCUAUGGAAGUCCUAUGGAGUGGAUGUACAAAUAAUUGCUGGUGUUGAUGCGUCCAUUCAUGAAGACUGCGCAAAUAUCUUAAAUUUCGCCGCGACAAUGGGACCAGUGGACGCUAUAUUUAACCUCGCGGUAGUACUGAAGGAUGCAAUCUACAAGAACCAAACCACCGAGACUUUUGAAGAAUCGUUUAAGCCGAAGGCGAGGACAACAAAGAUGCUUGAUGAGCUAUCCAGAAAGAUGUGUACCGAUCUUAGACAUUUCAUUGUUUUCUCGUCUGUCUCAUGUGGCCGCGGAAAUGCCGGACAAACUAAUUACGGUAUGGCCAAUUCUAUCAUGGAAAGAAUUUGCGAAAAGAGAGUACAGGACGGAUUCCCUGGGAUGGCUAUUCAAUGGGGCGCAGUGGGUGAUGUCGGUCUCGUUGCUGACAUGGUAGAAGACAAUAAGGAAUUAGUUAUUGGCGGUACGUUACAGCAGAGAAUAUUGUCCUGCCUGCAGUCGCUGGAUGCUUUCUUGGUGCAAAGUCGACCUAUCGUAGGUAGUAUGGUCGUGGCAGAGAAGGGGACGGGUCUAAGCGGAACGAUGAACAUUUUGGAAACCGUUGCCAAUAUUAUGGGGUUGAAAGAUAUAAGAAUGGUUGGACGUCGCACCGCACUAUCGGAAAUCGGCAUGGAUUCGAUGAUGGCAGUCGAGAUCAAACAAACAUUAGAGAGAGAAUUCGAUGUUCAUCUUACUGCACAGGACAUUCGGAAUCUCACUAUCGAAAAGCUUUGCAAAAUGGCUGACACAGAUAAGUCUUUGGGAAAGGAAUCUAACCGAGAUGAACCUAUUGUCGAUAUGGAAGGAAUAAAAUCGCUACUUUGGCUACCGAAAAAUUUAACUAUUGUUCCGGAUAUUUGUUUGGAACUGUCCACAAAGCAUGAGACGGACAGAGAAAGAGUAUUUCUUAUACCUGGAAUUGAAGGUUGUGGAAGCGUAUUUAAUUGGUUGGCUCCAAAAAUCAAAGCUCCCGCGACGUGUUUGCAGCAUGGUGCAAAUAACAUCUCUACGUGCGAAUCAGUGUUGCAGUCGGCUGUCACGUUAUUACCUCAUGUUCUAACAAGAAUGAAGAAUUCUAAAAAUUUCGUAUUAGUUGGAUAUUCAUAUGGAUCAGUAAUUUGUAUUGAGUUGGCAAGACUGUUGGAGGCCAAAAGUUUCACAGGACGAUUAAUUUUAAUCGAUGGCACACCUGAACAGAUGAAAACUAUGAAAGAACAAUACUUUCCUUUCACCACUAUUCAGGAGUUUCAGAAUAAUGUUCUUCUAGGUCUUAUGGAUUUAUUUUAUUCAACUGACAGUACAAUGAUUCGUUUGGAAUUGUCCAAGCAUGACACGUGGGAGCAAAAGUUGGAUGCUUUCAUCGGAUGUAUUCCAGAUGAAUUUUCCCAUAUUCAUUUUGAAAGUUACAGAAUUUACGCCACAUCAAUUUACAAGCAUCUACUUGCUCUUGAUGAGUACGAUACGUCUUCAUUGCCGCUGCUAAAAUCACCUAUACUCUUGCUAAAACCCACAGUUUUGUCUAUGCAUUAUCGCCAGGAUGAUUAUGACUUAAGCAAGAUGACUAAAGGUAGCGCACAAAUUCAUUACGUGGAGGGUAAUCAUUUCACGAUGUUGGAAAACGAUGAAAUUACGGCUGCUAUUAACGGAGAUAUCGUCAUAAAUAAAUGAUCUUAACAAAAUGUAUGAUCUUUUAUAUAAUCUUUUUGCGAGAAAAUUAUUAAUAUAUUAUUUUUCUUUGGGAGUGGUUAUAAUUUAUUUAUUUGUUUAUAAUUUGCUAAUAUUUGUUAUAUUGUUAUACUGUUUAUAAUAUGUUAAUAUUGUUUAUAUUGUUUAUAACAUCAGAUUUUUUGUUAACUACUAAUUCUUCCGCCUAGCUAUCAGUACUAUUAAAUUGUGCAUAAAAAAUAGGAUAUUUUAGGUUGACAAUUUAUUUGAUAAAAGACUAAAAUUACUAAAUUUUAUCUCGUAAAAUAAUCAUUCUUCUUAAAAUUAAACGUAAUAAUGUACUUUCUUUGAAAAUUAAAGUCAAAUUCUUUAGAUUUUUAUAUAUUGAAAUGUUCGUACCUCUGUUUUCUAAAAGAUUUUUU